CCUGCACUUGCCAAGUAUGUUCAGACGGAAGUCAACAAGUUGCCUUAAAAGGAACAUCCUGUGCUUCACCUGGAAAAGGAAACAAAGAAUAGAUGUGAUUUCUGACAAUGACAUGAAACAAACGCUCACUGCUUUCGAUCAGGAUCAUCUUGACAGAGACGCAAGAUGUACUUUAAUAAAUCAGGAAGAAUCUCUUUGCGGAUUUUACUUUUUCUCAUCGUCCUCUCCCUCAUUGACGCCCAGAAUGUCAAGAUAGCCAAUAUCUUUGUUGUUGGGGGCACCACCAUAAACAUCAUCAACGUUAAAGGCAACGGUUGCAAAGUGUGUCAGAAAUGCAACAUCUGGUCCUGGGAUUGGAAAAUCGAGUUGAAGUCCAACAGUGAAAAUGACAUUCAGUUUCGCUGUGAAAGACCUCAAGAUUAUUUCAAAGUGGAAAUCGUGCGCAACAUAGCAUGCACCUCAACGUCGUGUGGCCACAACCUCCUUUCUGACUUUGGGCUCUCAAAUUUCAAUCGCACAAUCACCUGGAAAUUUGAGGCUGAUUCACAAAAAUCAUUCCAGUUAAACUUUGCUAACACAGGAUUGACUCAGAUUGCUCCAAGUGACAGCUGUACCAAUAAACAGACCUACACUCUACGAGUAGCAAAUAUUCUCCUAGGGAAAUUCUGCUCACAUGGGACCAUCAGAAGUGUAACGAUCCGAGGUCAUGAGAGCUUCUCUCUGGACCUCCCAGCAGGACAGACGCUAAGCAGAGGCCAGUUUAAUGUGUCUGUAGUGGAGAAAAUAACAACCCUUGCCAAAAUUUCAGUCACAUUAGAAGAAGGCUCUUUGUCCUCAACGCUGCUGACACCAAACUACCCAAACAGUUUUCCCAACAAUGACCUGAUGGAGUGGUAUUUUCAGGUCCCCUAUAAUUAUAAAACAGCAAUUAAAUUCCUGAACCUGAAGCAGCCGACUUGCUUAAAGGACAAUGCGGAAGUGACUUACAGAAACGAAGGGACGAGUAGCCAGGUUGUUGGACUUGGUGACGUCCAGCCAGAACAGAAACAGGGAAGCUUCUCACUCAGGCUGAGGAAUUGUCAGAUGGACACAAGACGUCCUGAUGGACUCUCCAUGAAUCUCACAGUGACUGCUUCCCCAGUUGGAAACAUGAGCAAUUUUGAGCCAACAAAGAGAAAUGAGGAGAAAGACACUCAUCUGCAGACCACACUUGGUGUUUUGGCUGCUCUGGUUGUCAGUGCUGCUGUAGUGCUGAUGGUGGUUUACAUUAUGAUGAGGAAGAAGAAAAAAGAGCCCAGGAUGGAGGUGUCAGUCUACAAUUCAGGCGACACCAACAUCCAGACAAGACUCAAGAACUUCCCAGAAGACUGUGAGGACGGUAUUUACUCCCAAAUUGACGAAACACUAAUCUACUCGCACUUUUUACAAAAAGACGCUGCUUAUAACAUGUAUGAGCUCUGUGAACUUACGCCUGAGUCAAAAAGGAAACCAGUCAAUGACAAAAGGGGUGAUGACAGCAAUGUGACGGUCUUCCAAUCUCAACAAGGACACCUGAUUCCCAACAACUACAUGGAGUUCAAUGUAGACAAUGUGGAGCAAAAAAACAACAAGGAUCAUCCAGCUCUGCAACCACGAAGGCUGAAGGGAGGCGACUGAGCAGAUGAUUCAGUUCAGCUUUUGGUUUUCCACUGGACCUUCUUGACCCUUUAGAUUUUACUUCCUCGACAUGUGUAUCAUUGUUGGUGUUUUUGUUUCUCUGAGGGGGUUUUUAUGUUGUUUUUUCCCAGUGAUGUUUUUAAGACAUUGCUGGAGUUAUUAUGUCUCUUAUCUCAUAUGACCAAACUUUUUUUUUAGUUUCUUUCUUCCAUAUUUAACUAGUAUAAAUAAAUCUGAAGUUACUCA